AAUAAUUCAUCAAACACAACGAAACGUGAUAUUCCCGAGAAGGAAAGAAAAGAGAGAAACAAUCCAGACAACCUUACGACGAAUGAUGAUGACGAUGAGGUAUUAUCGCAGAGAAUGGUCGAACAAUGGCGACCAAAAAUCAAAGAGACAUUAACCUCGUCGCCAUUUCAAGAACUCGAGUUCUUACCAUGCGACGCUCCAAUAACUUUACGUGCUUGCUCUUGUCUGUGAUGUUACUUCCGUUUUGCUCGAGCAGAGAUACCAUAACAACAGGAGGCGGGAUCAUGUACUCGAGAGGAGACACUCUCGUGUCUGCCGGUGAGCGGUUCGAGCUUGGCUUCUUCCCCCCGAAAGGGAACUUCGACUGCUUUGUCGGAAUAUGGUAUUACAGGUCAGACCCUCAAGUCGUCGUCUGGGUCGCGAACCGGGACAACCAGAUCGACCGCCAUACAGCGUCAUUCAGCCUUGUGGACGGCAACCUGAAGGUGUCGAACGAAAAACAAGCGAUCUGGUUAACUAAUCUUUCAAGCUCUUCAACCCGGUUAGCAAAGCUUCUUGAUUCAGGGAAUCUGGUGCUGAUCGAAGGUGAGAGAAUUGUAUGGCAGAGCUUCAAUUACCCGACCGACACGUUCCUGCCGGGGAUGCUGAUGACCGAUGACUUCAAGUUGACUUCUUGGGCAAGCAAGGAUGACCCGAAACCGGGGAGGUUCACGUUCCAGAGGGAUCAAAAAAGCGGCACCAGGGAGUACCAAGUUAUCGGGGACGGGUCUCCUUUCUGGAAAAGUGUGGGCUAUGACAAGUUGGGACAAGCCGAUGAGAGAUACAAUGAGAUCUAUUUUUUGCUCUUCAAUAGAACAACCGCUGCUUCCCUGCCAGCCGGGACUAGUCCGAGCUCGGUCUACGAAAACAUAACCCUGCCUGACUACAACAACACCCGGUUGGUCAUGAGACACAAUGGCCAGAUACAGUACUUCAGGCUGGGAAACUCGACGAUGCCGGUCCUGUCCGAGCCAACGGGCUUGUGCAGCGUGUUCAAUGCAUGUGGCAAGUUCGGGAGCUGCAACGUUGAGAAUGUCCGCGAGACCAUGUGCAAGUGCUUGCCAGGUUUCAAGCCGGCAGAAUCGGAUAAUCAAACCUUGGGGUCCUACUUUAGCGGAUGCCACAGGAAGUCGUCGAAAUGCUGUGGGAAGAACAGCAACAACAGCUCCGAUCAUUUCUUGAAUCUGACGAUGAUGAAGGCCGGGAGGCCAGACAUGCAUGUCCCGGCAGUCAAUGAGACGCAAUGCAGGCAAAAGUGUCUCAAUGCCUCCAGUUGCCAGGCUUACUCAUUCAAGGAGGGUCAAAGCCGGGCACAGAACGGCACCUCGACGUGCUAUAUAUGGUCGGACGAACUCAACAGUAUUCAGGAGUCUGCCACAGACGGCCAUGACCUCUAUGUCCGAGUGCCACUUUCAGACAUAGAAUCUACUAGCAGGAGCUGUGGAACUUGUGGCACUCUCUUAGUCCCCUACCCUCUAAGCAUGGGACAGAGCUGUGGCGACCAGCUAUAUUCUGGAUUUCGCUGCAACAAUGAACAGGCGCGGCUUUACUUUGAACGGGACAAAGUUAGCUACAGAGUCACUAGCAUCACUCCAGAAACUAGAACAUUUACCAUCCAAUUCGAGGAAGCAUUCGACUGCAAAAGUAGCAGUCUGACGGAAAUCAAUCAGCAGCUUAACCAGUCCUCGCCAUUUAAUGUGAGUGGCGAGUGUUUUGGAGGACAGAAUAUAUUCAGCACAGGAGACUCUUCGGGAAGUGUCGGAAAGAGCGAAAUGAAAAUUGAGUGGAGCAAUCCGACAGAGCCACUUUGCAAUACGUCCAAAGACUGCGAUUGGCCACAUGCAACUUGCAGGAAUGCAUCAGAUGGAAUAACAAAGUGCCUCUGCGACUCAGGAUUCAGUUGGAAUUCUUUCAGCGUCAAUUGUUCUCUGGCAGGUAAUUACAGAUCAUCGCAGAAAAGACAGAAAGUGAAAACAGUAUAUAUAGUUGCUCCUGUCGGUGCUGCAAUUUUCAUCCUCGUAUUCGGUGGCUUAUAUUACAUGAGAAGGCAGCAUGGUAGUACUCAAGGGAGCAGGGAAAGGACUCAGGAAAAUCCUGAUUUUCGACUAUACGACAGUGAGAAACGGAUCAAAAUGUGGAUGGAUUCACAACAGUUCGAGGAGGAUGAUAAGAAAGGCAUAGACGUGCCAUUUUUUGAUUUAGAAAUUAUUCUACAAGCGACGAAUAAUUUCUCGGAUGAGAACAAACUUGGAAGAGGCGGGUUCGGGCCUGUUUACAAGGCUACUUUUCCAGGAGGGCAGGAAAUUGCAGUGAAGAGGCUAUCGAGUGGCUCAGGACAGGGCUUGGAGGAAUUUAAGAAUGAAGUUGUCUUGAUUGCCAAACUACAGCAUCGAAAUCUCGUCAGAUUAGUAGGAUAUUGCGUCAAAGGAGAUGAAAAGAUAUUACUAUAUGAAUACAUGCCCAACAAAAGCUUAGAUUCAUUCAUAUUCGAUCGAACAAGGUGUUGGUUGCUAACUUGGGAGAUACGCUUUGAGAUAAUGUUGGGAAUUGCACGAGGAAUGCUCUAUCUUCACCAAGAUUCUAGGCUGAGAAUCAUUCACAGAGAUCUCAAGACGAGCAACGUUUUGCUCGAUGAGGAGAUGACUCCCAAAAUUUCCGACUUUGGUCUGGCACGGAUAUUUGAGGCAAAACAAAUUGAAGCAAGCACGCAGAGGGUGAUUGGAACAUAUGGAUACAUGUCUCCCGAAUAUGCUUUGGACGGUUUUUUCUCAUUCAAGUCCGAUGUUUUUAGCUUUGGUGUCGUCGUACUGGAGAUUAUUAGCGGGAAACGUAACACAGGCUUUUAUCAGUCCGGAGGAAUAAUGAGCCUUCUCUCUCACGCAUGGAAAUUAUGGAAUGACAAUAAUGCAUUGGACUUGAUGGAUCGAGUGCUGUACGAAACUUACAAAAGAGAUCAAGUUUUGAAGUGCAUAAACGUCGCGCUUUUAUGUGUGCAAGAAGACCCGAGUGAUCGUCCCACCAUGUCAGAUGCAGUUUUCAUGCUCGGUAGUGAAAGUGCGACUCUUCCAGUUCCGAAAAAACCGGCUUUUGCAGUUAGGAUAGGCUUUUCUACGACAGCUUCUUCUUCCAGCAAACCAGAGUCGAUUGCCGCAUUAUCAACUUCUCUGGAACAAGGCCGGUGACAUUGGAUCUUCCUGGAAUCUAUCCCACAUCUUAGAUGUCAAGAGCUUUAGGCAUCAGGCACUUUGUUUAACUAGGAAUGCCUCAAAUUUUUGCCCCGUGCUAUUCCUUUCUCCUCUGGCAAAAUACGGUUCACCCUAUGUUGAUUGCUGAUGUUCCUCCUCGGCCUAAAGACUCUGCAAUACUAACAUCCUGAAUCAGCUUCUUGGUCACCGUAGCAGAUUCUUUUCUUGUCAUUUGCUGUACUUUUCAUUCCUAAGAAUAAGUUCCUUCGUCUGCAAUGGAGUUGUAAAAUCAAUUUCCUUUUGGGGUAAUGUCAUCUCAUCAAACUCAAAAUCUACCCCACUAUAGUUAUCACCGA